AUGGGAGGUAAAAAUAGCAAGUCUGCUGAUGCAAACGCAGCAGAGGUGGCAGCCACACCGUCAAAGCCGACGCCAAACGGCGACAGAGACGAAGAGUUGCGCCGCUACCGUGAGUUUCGUGACCAACUGCUGAGCUUCUCACUGGGCAGCAGCGCGUUCGAUUAUGCAGAGUCGCUCUUCGCCAAGAACCCCGACAACCCGGAGGUGAUGGCGCUAUUGGCAGAGACCACUGUCCUUUACGACAAGAACAAGAAUAAGGUUGCCAGAGAUCACUGGUGCGACCGCCUAGAUCUCCUGCAGCGCGGCGUAGAUGUGAGUCGCAAGUGCAUCAAUGAAAACCCGGAAUACGGCCCAUGUUACCGGGCAUACGUGCUGUGUGCGACGCGUGAAGCGGAGGCACUGUACUACAUGAAGAGUCUGCUGGGCCUUGGGCUGGUGGAGAAUUACAAUGCCAUUAUGCGGCGCGGGGAGAAGGGCAUGGAGCUGCUCCCCACCGACGCCGACAUCCCCAACGCCCUCGGAGCCCUUUGUGGUCGCUGCGCCUACAAGUGGUACAGCCCUACGCGGCCAUACGCCUGGUGGUGCGGUGUACCAUCGUGGGAUGCGAUCUGGGCAAAGAGCAUUGAGCUGCACAAGAAGGCGGUGAAGAAUGAGCCGACCAACUUGGAGUACGCGUGCCGGCUUGCGCAGGCGUAUUUUCAGAGCGGGGACUUCCAGAAUGCACGCCGUUGGUAUGGCAAGGUGCGCGACGAGAUGCCGCCAGAGGAGAUGAAGGAUGAACGUUGGCAGGCAGUGGCCCACACGCAGCUCUCCACUGCCUUCACGAAGGGGAGCUGGAACGUUCCCUUUGCGUAG